GAUGAAAGUUAUGAAAACAAUCGCAUUUCUCAUUUUCCGCACGCACUUCGUAACAAAAUGAGGCUUUCGGUGGUGAAUUUCUUCAAGAAAAGUGUAAAUGGACACAUUUUUCGCGGUAAAUAUCGAUUGGUGAAACGGGUAACGCCUCGCUCGACCCAGACACUCAUUCGAGAGUACGAACAAACGGAGGCUAACAUGAAACUGCUGCUCCAUCCGUACCUGUCCAAGGAACAAUCCAGCGGACAUGCGAAGGAGCUGGGUAAGAAGGAACAGCUGGUGGCCAAAUGGCGCGCGGAACAGCUCAAGAUGAAACCGCACGUCACGAUAGCGGAACGAUUGGCACACUUGCAGGUCAAAAAUGUGUGGGAUUAGCGUAACGGAAGCGUGAAACAGUAUAACACCGCUGAAGGUUCGGAGUAAAAGGAGUUCCUUUUAUUGUACAACAAGCAUUUUACAUCAACAAUGCGUUUGAGAGAGUGUUCACUCUUCUCGUGUAUAUGGUAACAGUAGAAUCAAUAGUGAAUAAUGUUACAAUCAAAAUA